AGUAGCUGUUGAAGCGUUUGCUCCAUACGUACUACGAUCUUUCAAUCUUUCGAUGCUUUUGUCAUGAAUCCCGUUUGCGAGACGGACAUCUCUAGUCCGCUGUGCCAGCAAUGGAUGAGUCUAGUAUGCGCCCGUUGCAGGGAUCUGUUUGCCGAUGCAGCCACUGACGUUUGGGCCGCCUGGUGGCACGAUGCCACGCCAGCCUUUUACAAGGAUGUGACUGAGAUGACCGUCUACGACUGCGAGAAGCUGAAGCAUUUGCUAGAACUGCAGGCGGCCGCCUACAGUCCAAAUCAAAUUGUCGUGCAGCACACAGAGUUUGCGUUCUGGCAAAAGCUCGCCCUGAUCUGCAUCUAUGUCGUCAUACUUGUACUGUUGGUCGCAGUGUGUCGCCGCUGGAGAAAGAAAUCUUAUGUCGCCAGACAGCCCAUUGACAACGAGCGAGAAGAACUGCAGCAAGAUUCGUCCACAUCGAUAUUGCCAGACGAAACUGCACCGCCACCAGCUAGAAGACGACCCAAGAAAAAGCAGGACUUCAAGACAUGGAUGCACAGGAUGUGUCGUCCGAUCUUCGUGCAUAACACAGGUGCGCUGCACCGUCGACAGCAAAAGUACGAGCAGAAUAAGCAGCUCCAGCGCGUCGUCAACGAACGGAACAUUGAGAAGUGGACGAAGGCGCGCCACAAAGAACCGAAACGCGAAAAUGAGAAUAAUGAAACUAAAGAAAAUAAGCACACAAAUGAGAGUUCAUUAUAAAAGAUGAUCUCAAUAUAUAGAGUCAAUAG